AUGUUCCCGGGGAGCAAGGUGAAGAGCGAGUACAUGAAGCGGUACAAGGACCCGCGCUGGGACAUGUACGCGCCCUGCUACCGCGAGCUGCUGCACUACCGCCAGAGUCGCCGGCUGCUCGAGCAGGCGCACAACCCCUGGUUUUGGGACGACUGGGGCCAGGCUUGCUCCUCGGAGGACACCUCGUCGUCAGGCGGCAGGGGAUCCCCCUGCCCCGAGGCACCGGGAGCCUCGCCCCCGCCGUCCGCUCCAGCGAGCCCCGAGCGAGAGGACUCCCACCAUCUGGUGCCAGAGGUCCCGGAGGACGCGGACGCCAAGGGUCCUGCAGCAGAUGUGGUCUUCCACCUCUCUGAGCACUUCUUAGAACAUUCUGAGAUGUUGACAAAAGCAUCUGGGUGCUGCUGCUUGUGCUCCUCUCAGAAGAUGAUACCCUUGAUAUCCUCGCACAAACUGCCCGUGGAAGUAGAAGAAACACCAGAACAACAAACCAAAACUAAGGAAAAUGAGAAACUCUCUAGCAGAGCAGGACCUCGACAACAACCAAGUGCUUUGUUUGCCAGAGGAAAUAGGAGAAUGUCCAAAAAUCCUCAAGGAUCAUCAAGUAAAAUAAGAGAAAACAAGCACCCAUUUGCUCUUUAUGGCUGGGGCGAGAAACAGACAGACACAGGAAGUCAGAAAACUCACAACGUGUGUGCAUCUGCCCCCAUGCAUGAGAUUCAUGAAUCGGCAUUACGAGCCAAGAACAGAAGACAGGUGGAAAAGAGGAAACUGGUUGCUCAGCGGCAACGCACCCACUCUGUGGAUGUGGAGAGAAACAGAAGAAUAAAGCCUUCUCCCUCAGAUAACCCGUGGAUGACAGAGUACAUGCGGUGCUACUCAGCCAGAGCAUGA